AUUCAUCAGUGUUCUGAAACUUUUCUGAUCCACAAAAUCAGAAGAAGAUGAAGCUCAAAGUGUAUGUCGAUCGGAUGUCACAGCCAUCUCGUGCUGUCAUCAUAUUCUGCAAGGUUAAUGGAAUCCAGUUCGAUGAGACUUUGAUUUCUUUGGCGAAGCGUCAGCAACUAACCUCUGAAUUCAAAGAUAUUAACCCAAUUGGGAAAGUUCCAGCUAUUGUUGAUGGUAGACUUAAACUCUUUGAGAGUCACGCUAUCUUGAUAUAUCUUUCCUCAGCAUUUCCUAGUGUAGUUGAUCAUUGGUACCCAAAUGAUCUUUCCCAAAGAGCCAAGAUUCACUCAGUUUUAGAUUGGCAUCACACCAGUUUACGCCCUGGCGCAGCUGGAUAUGUUCUGUAUAGUGUACUAGCUCCAGCUCUCGGUCUUCCUCUGAAUCCGGAAAAAGCUGCUGAAGCUGAGAAGUUACUAACGAAGUCUCUAUCCACUCUAGAGACUUUUUGGCUUAAGGGAAAUGGCAAGUUCUUGCUCGGAGGCAACCAACCAUCUAUAGCUGAUCUGAGCCUUGUGUGUGAACUGAUGCAGCUGCAGGUUUUGGAUGACAAAGAUCGUCUUAGAUUGCUCAGCCCUCAUAAGAAAGUUGAAGAAUGGAUUGAUAAUACGAGAAAGGCGACAAUGCCUCACUUUGAUGAGGUCCAUGAGGUUCUUUUCAGAGCCAAAGAUAGAUUUCAGAAACAGAGAGAGCUGGGAGCCGUAUCUAAACCAGGUAUUCAAUCUAAGAUGUAAGAACAAAACUUAUCCAAGCCGGCUUCAGGGGUCAAUGGAUCAUUGAAUAAUGUAAUAAUGUAAUAAAACCACACUUUGUUCUACGAUUUCUUAUACAAUUUGUGGCUCAAACUGAAUUUUA